AUUGAAGUGUAAUCACGAAAACACUAUUCAGCCGUUAAAUUUAGAAACAGACACGCAAUUUUCGUUAAUGUUUUGAUUCUAAAAAUUCUAAAAUCGCAAUAUGACAGAUUCGUACAAUGUUUCUGUUAAGAAAGGAAGAGAGAGAGAUGUCGAAGGUUCAUCUAAUCCCGCCAUAACAGAAGCUUACAAGGUCGAGGUUAUGCCAAGGGAAAAGCCUUGGAAAGGUUACGAGGACAGCAGAUAUGAUUCACCAGUGCUCAAUCGCUUGAUUCCAUGCCCUAUUUUCUACUAUUGCCGAUGGAAAAUCCUUGGUAUUUUUCACACUAGACUGUUCUUUGGCAUCGUUCUUGGUGAAGUUCUAUUUUUUCUCCUUCUGGUUGGAGGACUAGCGGCCGCACUAGGGAUUAUAGGCAUGGGGAAUGAUGCUGAUGAAUCGACUGGAAGUAUUGCUUGCAUUGCACCUGCACUGACGUUCGUUUUUGCAUGUCGCAAUUCAAUAUGGAUCCUAUUUACAGGGCUUCCAUUCGAACGAGCUUUGAUAUGGCACAAGAUCUKUGCACUCCUCAGCGUUCUUGUCGGUGCGUGGCAUGGGUUCGUCUCAAAUGARGCUGAUGUGUCAGGCAUAGUGCUAACUUCUUGUAUGGGUGCUCUUUUCUUGCUGUCUUUUUGGCCGAUUCGGAGAAAGUUCUUUGAAGCAUUCGUACGCCUUCAUUGGGUGUURGUUUUGGCGGUCAUCGGGACUGCUUUCUGGCACGAAGCAGGAGCAAUGGCUUUUGGCGCUGCUUUUUGGGCUGUUGACAUCCUAUUACGGGCGCUAAUAGCCAUCUACAACUAUUCCAAGCGAAAACAGGUGCUAGCAGUUCGACUUCCGUCAAACGUUGUUCGUCUAACGUUCCUCAAAGAAGACUUCAACUAUAAAGCAGGGCAGUAUUGCUUCAUUUGCGUUCCUGGAGUGAGCUUAUUUGAGUGGCAUCCAUUCAGUUUAUCAUCAUCUCCCCACGAGAACAAAGUGUCAAUCCAUAUUCGCGUUCUUGGUGACUGGACCAAAAAACUGUACGACCAUAUCGACAAGACAAAGAUGAUCAGCGUUUACAUCGAUGGCCCAUAUGGAGCUCCUUGUCUCGACAUCGACGGCACAAAAUACAAGCACUUCUUGUUUGUUAGUGGUGGCAUUGGAAUCACACCCAUGCAAUCAAUCUGCAACGACAUACUCUAUCAAAGCCGGAGGGGUAGAGACCUAAAGAAACUCAUGUUCGUUUGGUCAGUGCGUGACCUCUUCAUGGUAACAUCAGUGCUUGAAUACGACAARGAAUACUUCAAUAAAGACUCAGACCAYAGAUUGCCAUACUCAUUCUCACCYRACUUGCUUGCAAGAGACGCACCCGAGGACAAACUGGAAACGUACUUCCACCUAACAAGAGAAAGGGACACCUCUAAGUUUACCGAUGCAAAUAUCAAACCUGAAAUCCAACCUACACUUAAAUUUGGCAGACCAGAGCUACCUGCUCUCUUUGAGAGAAUGAAAGGAUUCUGUAGACAUGGGAAUUGUAAAAGAGUUGCUGUCUUGACCUGUGGCCCAGGUCCACUUGUCGACUCGGUGUAUAAAAUGUGUGUKGAACAUUCACGUGAUGGCGUGAUGUUUGACUUCCAUAAAGAAGUGUUCGAGUUUUAAGCUUCUUAAUUAAUUCAAAGCUUCCAAAGUAGCCGUUUAACUAAACCACGACAUCUUCUGAAACCAAUUAUUUUGUUUUCUAUAAUUGCAAUAAUCAAAUAAUUAGAGCGAUAAACCUAAUUGCAGAGACGUCGUCCAAGAAAAAUAACUCUAGUAAUUAAAGGAUUAUUUAACAUGCAAAAAACCCCGUUCAGCUCGACUGGUCAUCUUUUGUCUAAAAUCUCAGGGUGUUUGCGCAAUGAGGUGUAUACAUAUUAAACUUGUUAUCUUUAAAGGACAAUGAUCAACCGGCAUUCAUUGCGGUAGUGUGCAAAUUUAAACCAAACUUUUAAGCACAAUAAUAUUUGGAUUAUUAACUC